AUGAAAAAAAAAACGUCAAUUUCUAAACCUUUUUAUAUUCCUACUUCACCAUUAUUAAAUUCAUCAUCAUCAACACCACAUUUUAUCAAUUAUAAUAACAUGAAAUAUCAAGAAAUACCAUCAAAUACUGCUAAUACUAAUAAUACUCUUGGUUACGAAAUUGUAAAUAAAUUAAACGAUUUUAAGAAGGAGGAGGAUAAAAAUAAAAGUGAUUUACCUUUCUGGAAAAGGUGGCAAAAGAAAUUCCGAGAAGAGCAGUAUCACCAAUAUCGCCAAUACCGUCGAGGAGAUAUUGUGUUGGUGUUAUAA